AAUGGAUGAUUCAAUGGCGGGAACAGAAAAUAAAGUAAAGAGAAAAUUAAGAUUUUAUAGUACUGAAAAUGAAAAAGUUACAGAAAAUAUUGCCGAUUCUUCGCAGGCAACAUUUAGAUAUCUAAUUAUUUUUAAUGGAAUAAUUAUUCUUUUUUCUACACUAACCUUAAUAGCUGAUCAUUCUACAGAUAUUAUUGUCAGCAUUGAAUACGGGAUUGAAGGCCAUUUUAUUUGGGCUUCCUUGACGUUAACUUUUUUACUCGUUCCAUCUGUUUUGGUACAAAUAUACUCGGCAAGAUGCUACUCUACAACAAAUGAAAAUUCAAAAACAGAUUUAGUUUGCAUCCUCAGUCAUGUAUUUCAAAUACAACCUUAUGAAAGAUACUGGCGGUUAGGAGUAGCCUUUGCUAAAGUUAAACAAGAAGAAGAUUUAAACAAUUGUAUCCGACGACAAAGUGAUCUCAGCAAAAUCCGUCUUAUUUCAGCAUGUAUUGGAUCAGGUCCCCAAUUGACUCUACAAUUAUUCAUUAUUUUACAGACAAAUGAUUGGACAAGGGUUACAGUCUGUUCAGCGAUUUUUAGCGGUGUCUCUCUUAUUUGGUCAAUAGGCUCUCAAUGGCACUGCUUCAGACAAGAAAAUAGCACUGAUUACUCUUUUCUCCUCAGAAGAAUAAUAUUUGUUAUGGUUUAUCAGACUGGAUUUUUAACUUCAAGAAUUCUUGCAAUUAUUUGUUUAGCUUUUAUGCUUAAAGCAUAUGUAUUCGCUGUUUUAGCUAUACAUGGUCUUUUUGUAUUUUUUUGGAUUUUGUUACAGAAAAAAGAUAUCUGCCCGAUAAAUGUUAAAGAAGUUUUUGAUAAAUUUGUAAUAAGUUUGAUUCAUAUGUUUAUAUUUUUCAACACGAAAGAAGGCUCAACUAGAUUAAGAAUGGUUGUAUAUUAUGCUAUAACGGGAGCUGAAAAUUUUUUAUUUGCCAUCAUCUGGUUCUUAUACGAUUCUCCAACACCAUUGAAUAUCGCUCUUCUCUCUUUAACAUUAUCAACAUUCUGUAUUGGUGUUCUGCUUUUGCUAUUAUUUUAUCGAUUUUGUCAUCCUGGAGGACCUAUUCGUUGCUCGUACUCUUCCAGAAAAACUCUUACUAUUCCACCCACUCCCGCAACGCCUAUGCCGAACUCUUUUCAGCAUUACAGUAUUGACACAUCGGCUUGUCUAGAUUACGCUGAACCCGAAACAAAGUUUAACUUAACUGAAAUGAUAAUGAAUGGAACAACAAGUUGUGAAUCAAAUAGUUUCAUUUUUGGAAACGGCUGGAACGAACAGGAGUGUGGCCGAAUGAUAUCUUUGACUCCUAAAGAAACUUCAGGCGAUCGGCUGGAAGAUAGCUACUUAGGUCAACGUAAAGUUGAACAUCAAUAA